AGAGAGAGACGGGGAGAGGUAGAGGGGGAGAGACAGACUGAGUAAAGACAGAGGAGAGCUCCGCUAGAGCCGGCAGCAGAUACCUCGGUCUGGGGUCUGCACACCAGCUGGAGCCGCUCCCUCAGGCAGCUCUGACGGAAAGCAUCAGCCCGCAGUGAAAGGCGGCGAGCCAUGGCAGGGGGGGGACUCCUUGCCUGGAUUUGUGUCCUCCUGCCCGUGUUCACCCGGUUAUCAGCGGAUCGACCGGCCAGCCCCACAGGUCCUCAACCUGAAAAGGACUACAGCACAGUCCAGACGAAGUUCUCCCUUCGAACAGUUUUGGAUCCUGAGGAGGAUUCUUGCUACUUGAUUCCAGGCCAGCUGGAAACCAUCAGUCAGUGCAACUUCAACCAAACCGCAAGGACGUUCUUGGUCAUACACGGAUGGACGGUGACGGGAAUGUUUGAGGGUUGGAUUCCCAAGCUGGUCCUGGCCUUAUACGAGAGGGAGGCAGACUCCAAUGUUGUCGUGGUCGAUUGGCUGACCCGGGCUCACCAACACUACCCGGUUGCCGCUGGCAACACCAAACUGGUUGGCCGCGACAUAGCCCACUUUGUCGAGUGGUUGAAGGAGGAGCUAAACUUUCCCUCUGAAGAAGUCCACAUGUUGGGGUACAGUCUCGGGGCACACGUUGCCGGAUACGCAGGGAGUUACGUGCCCUACAGAGUUGGGCGGAUAACAGGCCUGGACCCGGCGGGGCCUGAGUUUGAAGGGGCUGAGGCGCACCGCCGUCUAUCCCCAGAUGAUGCCGUCUUUGUGGAUGCUCUUCACACUUUCACCCGGGGCUCCCUGGGCCGGAGUAUUGGGAUCCAGCAGCCUGUCGGCCAUGUGGAUAUCUAUCCAAAUGGAGGCAGCUUCCAGCCGGGAUGCAGCUUGGGAAGAGUGUUGGGAAACAUGAGAUCACAAGGAGUGUACGCCGUGGCUGAUGCCAUUAAAUGUCAGCAUGAGCGUGCCAUCCACCUGUUCAUUGACUCGCUCCUCAAUGAGAACUCCCCGAGCGUAGCCUAUCGCUGCUCCAACCAGGAGACCUUCGAGAAGGGGGUGUGUCUGAGCUGCAGGAAGAACCGCUGCAACAAAGUGGGUUACGAUGUUCGGAUAAUCCGCACGAAACGCAGUGGCCGCAUGUACCUGAAGACAGGGGCAGACAUGCCCUUCCGAGUUUAUCAUUAUCAAUUAAAGAUGCAUUUCUUCAGAGAUGUUAACCAAACCGAGACAUCUGUGAAUUUCCUCGUUUCCCUGGUUGGAACCUUGAACGAAUCGAAAGACCUCCCUAUUCGAGUCCCAGAGAUACUGGUGAACAGAACCCAUUCGUUCCUGGUGCACACUGAUGUCGAUAUCGGAGAGUUACUGAUGGUGAAGCUGAAGUGGGAAUCCUCAUCUUCCAUCUGGUCAAGUAUAAUGGGGAGAGUCACCAACCCAUUCUCAGUGUUGAUGUUCUGGGACAGUGGUAAGGAGACCUCUGACCAGUUGGAGAUCAGGAAGAUAAGAGUGAAGGCAGGAGAGACACAGAAACGGAUUGUGUUCUGUGCAAAGAAUUCUGCUUCUGUGAAGAUUCAGCCAGCGCAGGAGGUAACUCUUGUCAAGUGUCGCAGUUGAUGGAUUUGCAAGAAGGUGCAGGCAGAAGAUAACACAUCAGUAUCUGAGAACAUUAUCCUCCCCACCCACACAUCACAGGCCCUGAGCCACUUUCUUCCUGCUCUGCGAUAGUUGGCAUUCGGAAGAAAUCGAUGGGUGAUUGGCUUAAAAAGACUCAAGGCAAACAGCUCAUGAUGGAACCAAAAACAAACUGUUCUGAUUUUAAAAAAAACUCUUCUCAUCAAAAUUAUUCAUAGUUAAUGUGUUUUAUUAUCUGUUAUACAUAUAACUUCCAUUUGACAUACUGGUAUGGUCUCACUGUAAUGGGAGUGAGAGAACAUGGUCUCAUUGCAGUGAGACUGAGCUACAAUCUUAUUGUAAUGUGAACAAGUGGAUACAGUCUCACUGCAGUGUCAGUACUGCAGUACAGCCUUGCUAUGGUGUGAUUAAGUUGGGAGAAAAUAAAUGCUACAGUCUCACUGCAACUCGAGUGACAUGGUACAGUCUCAUUGCAGUGUGAGUUGAUCUGAAAUGGUGUGGAAUGAAUUACUCGUUCUCUGCAGUAUUUAUUAAAUGUAUAUAUGAGUAUAUAUAAAUCCACUUUGUACAAAA